GUUCUUUCUCUAUUGUUUGGCUCACAAGACUCCAUAAGUUCCCAUCUUCUCUUUUUAAUGGCACCAAAGGCUAAGAAAAAACCCGUGGAGAAAAAAACGAUGGCGGAGAAAGCUCCACCGUCAGCGGAGAAGAAGAUCUCGAAGGAAGGCGGAGAUAGGAAGAAGAAGAAAAUAAAAAAGAGUACGGAAACUUAUAAGAUUUACAUUUUCAAAGUCUUGAAGCAGGUUCAUCCCGAUAUCGGGAUCUCAAGCAAAGCCAUGGGGAUUAUGAACAGUUUCAUCAACGAUAUAUUUGAGAAACUGGCUCAAGAAGCUUCUAGAUUGGCUAGGUAUAAUAAGAAGCCGACGAUUACGUCAAGGGAGAUCCAGACGGCAGUGAGAUUGGUUUUGCCUGGUGAAUUGGCCAAACACGCGGUCUCUGAAGGAACCAAGGCGGUUACCAAAUUUACUAGUUCUUAGAUUCAUCAUCUUUUAAAAUUUUGAAUCCAAUUACUAUAUAUUUAAACGAUGGUUUAAUGUUCUAGUUGUAAUGGAUUAAAAAGACUGAAAUGGUACAUUUUUGUUUU